CGCCGCGCCGCCCAGCCCGAGCGCCGCCCGCGCCGCCACUGCAGCUCGCGGCCCCUUCGCCUCCGCCCGCCUUCCGCGCGGCUUCGUUUGCCUUAAACUCCCUAAAACCUCCGCACCCCCGGUGCCCGCCGCGGCCGGUCGCUAAUUAAUAGAAGAUGGCAAAGCCCAGCCACAGCAGUUACGUCCUUCAGCAGCUAAACAACCAAAGAGAAUGGGGUUUUCUCUGUGACUGUUGUAUUGCAAUUGAUGACAUUUACUUUCAAGCACACAAAGCCGUUCUAGCUGCUUGUAGCUCCUAUUUUCGGAUGUUUUUCAUGAACCAUCAGCAUAGCACCGCACAGCUGAAUCUCAGCAACAUGAAAAUUAGUGCUGAGUGUUUUGAUCUCAUUUUGCAAUUUAUGUAUUUAGGAAAAAUAAUGACAGCUCCCUCCAGUUUUGAGCAGUUUAAAGUGGCCAUGAAUUACCUACAGCUGUACAAUGUUCCUGACUGCUUAGAAGACAUACAGGAUGCAGACUGUUCUAGUUCAAAAUGUUCAUCAUCUGCUUCCAGCAAACAGAACAGCAAAAUGAUAUUUGGGGUGAGAAUGUAUGAAGAUACUGUGGCUAGAAAUGGCAAUGAAGCCAAUAGGUGGUGUGCAGAGCCAAGUUCAACAGUAAAUACACCACAUAACAGAGAGCCUGAUGAAGAGUCUUUACAAUUAGGUAAUUUUCCUGAACCACUAUUUGAUGUAUGUAAAAAAAGUUCUGUGUCCAAAUUAUCUACUCCAAAAGAACGUGUGUCACGACGCUUUGGACGAAGUUUUACCUGUGAUAGUUGUGGAUUUGGCUUUAGCUGUGAAAAAUUAUUAGAUGAGCAUGUGCUAACCUGUACUAACAGACAUUCAUAUCAAAACACGAGAUCCUAUCACAGAAUAGUAGAUGUUAGAGAUGGAAAAGAGAGUAAUAUCAAAGCUGAAUUUGGUGAGAAGGAUUCUUCUAAGACAUAUUGUGCACAGACAGACAAAUACAGAGGAGACACAAGCCAGCCUGCUGAUGAUUCGACUUCAACCACUGGAAGCAGAAAGAGUAGCACAGUGGAGUCUGAACUAGCCAGUGAAGAAAAAAGCAGAGCUGCUGAGAGAAAAAGAAUUGUUAUCAAGAUGGAGCCAGAAGAUAUUCCUACAGAUGGACUGAAAGAUUUUAACAUUAUUAAAGUUACUGAUAAAGAUUGUAAUGAAUCCACUGACAACGAUGAAUUAGAAGAUGAACCUGAAGAGCCAUUUUACAGAUACUAUGUUGAAGAAGAUGUCAGUAUUAAAAAAAGUGGUAGGAAAACUCUAAAACCUCGAAUGUCAAUGAAUGCUGAUGAAAGAGGUGGUUUAGAAAAUAUGCGACCCCCUAACAACAGCAGUCCAAUACAAGAAGAUACUGAAAAUGCAUCCUGUGAACUGUGCGGACUCACAAUAACUGAGGAGGACCUGUCAUCUCAUUAUUUAGCCAAGCACAUUGAAAAUAUCUGUGCAUGUGGUAAAUGUGGACAAAUUCUUGUGAAGGGUAGACAACUUCAGGAACAUGCUCAAAGAUGUGGAGAACCCCAAGAUCUGACAAUGAAUGGGUUAGGAAAUACUGAGGAGAAAAUGGACAUGGAAGAGAAUCCUGAUGAGCAGUCUGAAAUAAGAGAUAUGUUUGUUGAAAUGUUGGAUGAUUUUAGGGACAGUCAUUUCCAGUUAAACAGUAUCCAAAAAAAGCAGUUAUUUAAACAUUCUGCCUGUCCUUUUCGGUGCCCUAAUUGUGGCCAGCGUUUUGAGACUGAAAAUCUAGUGGUUGAACAUAUGUCUAGUUGUCUAGACCAAGAUAUGUUUAAGAGUGCCAUCAUGGAAGAAAAUGAAAGAGAUCACAGACGAAAGCAUUUUUGUAAUCUGUGUGGAAAAGGAUUUUAUCAGCGGUGUCACCUCAGAGAACACUAUACUGUUCAUACUAAGGAGAAACAGUUUGUGUGUCAGACAUGUGGGAAGCAGUUUUUAAGAGAACGUCAGUUGCGACUGCACAAUGAUAUGCACAAAGGCAUGGCCAGUGGUGAAAUAGGGCCUUCUAAACCUCUGGAGAAGUGAGAUCUGAAUUUGGAGAGGACCUGGGGAAGAAUCAAUCUUCAACAGAUAAUCUUUAAAUCCAGACCCAGGAAUAUCAGAUCUGAAGUGACACCAUCUUUUCUGUCUUCCUGACAAACCUCGUCAGCCCCAAAUGUUCCAGUUGCAAGCAUCCAAGAAAACUCAGAAAAGACCACUUUGAAAUCAUUUUGUUGUGACAAAAUUGAAUCACGGCGACUCUCCUAGUAUCUGUGGAAAAUCUGCUAAAGAAAAUAGAAUAUUCAUAAGACUUCAAUGGGUAAAGUUGCACCAAAAAGAAACUAUAUGCUUAUUAUCUUCCAGGGUCCCUUCUAAAAGGCUUGCUAGGCUACUGUAAAUAUCUAUAAUAAUAAAAGCAUAAUAUGUUAAUUAGACCAGACAGCAGGAUGACUUUCAAGAUGAAGCCAGGGCUGUGAGGGCUGAGGCAGCCGCCAUGGCUGCAAGGGCCAAGCCCCUUGCACAAAUUUCGUGCAUUGGGCCUCUAGUAAUCACAUAACUGCAAACAUAAUUCUAAACUUUAUCUGAAUCAGAGUUCACAUAUUAUGAAAUGCUUUUAGACAAUUAAAAAAUUAUACAUAAAAAUCUGUAGAGUAUAAAUAAAAGUGGGUACAGAGAAAAAAAGCAAGAACAAUACUUUAACCAGAAAAGAUAAUAUAGUUAUUACUCACUGUAAUGUAACACUUACCCUUUUUUUACUGUAUAUAUGUUACAAGUUUGAUUAUUAAUAUUAAUGAAGCUCCCUUUUAAGUCUGUUAACUUGAGGGGGGAAAAACAGAAGUGGUAUUAUUUCUUCAACAGUGGUAGAUUUUCACAAUUCACAGACAACCAAAAGAGUGUAUCUUAAGAUAUUAUUUUCUUUUGAAUUUAGCAAUAUAACUUAAUAGGACAGAAUGAGUUUCUGUUAACACUUGUUUUCAGUAUUAAUGUUUCUCAGUUUUCAAAUUUCAAGAUAAAAUUCAACUAAGUGUUGAAUAAAACAAUGGUUAAUAUAUUUUAAAAGUCCUUUCAUGGGGAAAUGAAAUGUUUGGUGAAAUUUUAAUUUGGCUACAAAUAUUUUUCAAAAAAUACAUUUCUAGCCAUAUUAUUUCCUUAUUGUGAGUAUACUUGUAGUUUUACUUUUGGUUAACUGUGUACCCAAUUCAUUAUUAUUUUAUUAUAUAAUAUUAAGAUGUCAUAUAUUUUCAGAAAUGUUUAUUAAGUUUUUAUACCUAUUCAAGUAUUUUAAUAAGGAGUUGCACAAAGAGAUCUAACUUAGAGUAUUCAUGGAAGUAUACGCAGUUAAGUUAUUUAAACUCUAGCUAUAAAAUAGAAUAACUUGAAUAUUAAUUCUAAUAAUUAGAUUUAAAAAUCAGAAAAAGUUAAUUACAAUGUGUGGGUCCAGGGGCAAGAAAGUAGAAGAGAAAUCCACUAAAGAUUUCAAAAUCAUAUUAAUUCAAUGGCUUUAAAAUAAAACAAGUAAGUUUAGAAAACUGUUAGUUUCUGAAAAAACAAAACUAGAGUUAAUCUCUUUUGGGAGCAUGAGUGAAGCCUAUAGAAAACAAACUUAUAACAAGUAGGAAACAGAAAAGAUAAAAAAUAUUAUCAGUAAUUAAAGGUUCCAGGAACAAGAUAGUAGAGAUUCAAUAAUUUUAAUUGGCUGGUAGAAUUAGAUUCACAAAAGAAAUAUGCUUUAAUUUUGAUUACUAGAAUAUGAAUAUAAAGAUAAGUGAUUUAAAUGCAUUCUAUAAUUUGAUUAUUUUAUGUAUAUUAGUACAAAAUGGAGUUUAUUUGGUUACAUAGAGAGUUUUUGUUACAUUUCUAAUCCAUUGCUUUUACCUAAUAAAAUUUCCUCCUCUAUGUUCAGAAGUUAAACUGUCUGUAUAUUACUUUUAUUUAAACUGUACUUUUCAACCUGACUUUAAAAAAAUUAUGUCUGAAAAGUUACCAAUUCCUUCCAUUCUCUAAUACCAAAAUAAUAAAGUAUCUGAUAUAGCUAAUUAUAGUGGUCCUAAGAAGCUUCAGAAGUACACAAAGAGAAUUACUAAAAUGAUUAUUGCCAAAUCCUGUUUUCUUUUAAUACACAAUGACUGCAAAAGUACUAAUUCAUAGCAAACACAGAUGGCAACACAUUAAUUAGGUUUCUUUAAAAUACAAAACGAAACAUUUAUAAGAAUCUACUGCCCUAACCGGUUUGGCUCUGUGGACAGAGCGUCAGCCUGAGGACUAAAAGGUCCCAAGUUUGAUUCCGAUCAAGGACAUGUACCUUGGUUUCAGGCACAUCCCCAGUAGGGGGUGUGCAAGAGGCAGCUGAUUAAUGUUUCUCACACUCUAUCCCUAUUCCUUCCUCUCUGUAAAAAAAUCAGUAAAAUAUAUAUUAAAAAAAAAAAGGAAUCCACUGACAUAGUAUUUCAAAGGGUUGGUUAAUUCCUUUUUCAGAAUAACAUAAUUUACUUAUAGAAAUAACUUCCUAACCAGUAGAAUUCAUUUUGUUUCUUUUCAGUUAAAGAACUUCCUAAUUUUGUUUCCAGUGAUCAGCAAUGAGUACUCUCUUCAUUUCAGAUCAGUUCUGAAAGACAACUGUCAUAGUUUCAGUUGAUUUUAAUUUUACUUAAUUUAAUAAGUGUCACCAAUAACGGCAUAUUGAGUCUGACUGAUUAUUUCAGACUAUUCCACAAGAGUCUAUCCUCCAAGUUAGCACUCUACAAAACUGAAGUAGGUACCCACAGUCUUUAUAAUAUGCUGUGGUCACAGAUUUCUCUCCUGGAAAAGCCUUUCUUCUAGGUUUGAUUCUGAUAGCCUGCAGUGCCAGGCACAGUUUAAUUGUAAUUAAUAUCUAUGGUUUAAUUGUAACUUUUAAAGACAGUUUUCCAGGACUAAAAGAAGCAAAUAGUGAAAUUUUUCCUAUAUGACAGGUGAUUGGAUAAAUAUAUUGGGACAAGAUACUUCCAAGAAUUAAAAAAUGGCAGUAUUUACAGAGGUCUAAAUAUAAUAAUUAGUUUGACACCAGUUUGCGCAUAGAUCCUCACCUUCUCUUCAGGCCAACAUUACCUCCUCAAAACAAUCCACACUUUAUAAAGGUUGAAUCUGGGUAGGGACUGAGACGCCAGAAAAAUCCAUAAAAUUUUCCCCCUAGUAAUUUGGGGAAAAUUUAUUCUUAGUUUCCCUAGGGCAGGCCUGACUAUCCAUGUACAAAGUUUUAGACCUUAUUUUAUUCAUCUUUGUAUCUCUAGUACAAGUAUUUUCAGAUGUGACUGUUUCAUCUUUUGAUAUUUGCAGUUUGAGUACAGAAAUAUAAGAGGUAGGCAGAUAAUCUUCCUCUUAUGCAAGAAAAAAUAUUCAGUUUUUUGGGGUCACUUUUAAUAAACUAGUGAAUCACUACUGUGUUCCAGAUACUUUUCUGGCUGUUAGGGAUUAAAGAGGGUUUGAUAUAUACUAAAACUCUUGGUUUUUCCACACUGUAUUGAACCUCAGCCUUUGGAUUUUAAAAAUACUUUGAAACACAUAGUAUUUAUAAUCUGCCAAACAGAUUUCUUUUGUUGAAAAUCAGUAGUAAUUUCUAUGUAAGUAGUAGGAUUAGUAAACUUUGUCUUGAGUGAAUGUUAAUAGUCAAAAUUCAAAAAUGAAUUGUAAAAACAUAAGGGUAUUUAGAAAAAUUAUUGAUAAUCCUACCAUCUAGAUAGAACCAAUUUUGAUGCAUUUUUCAUAUACAUAAGAUUAUCCUACAUGUGGGAUAAGAAGUUA